AUGAAAAAAUUUUAAUUUUUUGACAAAAAUAUUAGAUAAUAAAGACCUGAAUAAAAUUUCUGUACAUUCAAUUAUGUCUUUUCAGAGUAUUUUCAUUCAAUAUCUAGAUAUAUUUGCUAUUUAAAAAGAAAACAUGGUAAUGAUUACAAUGAAAUGAAUUCAAAAAUGGAACAAUUAGGAGUCUCAGUUGGAAUUAGACUCUAUGAAGUUGUUAGUCUUAGAGAAAGAAAUAAAAGAGAAACUAAAUUAGUCGAAUAAUUGAGAUUCAUUUAAGGAAUUGUAAAUUACAAAUAUAUUCAUAAUUCAUAGUUUUGGAAACAUCUCUUUGGUAGAUAAGCAGAAUCAAUUGAAAAGUUAAAGGAUAGACCUAAUGAUUUUCUUAUUAGAGAUGAAAAUCCUUUACUUCUUAAAUAUAUUUCAGAAGAAGGUCAUAUUUCACCUGCAUAAUUUAUGUGUGGAAUUCUUAAAGUAAGAAAUAAUGAAAAUCAAUAAGGGAAUAUUAAAUGCCUCUGGAUUUACAUGCCAAGUCUCUUAUUAGUUUAAGACUGAUGAAAGAGGUGUCAGCUAUUAUCCUCACACUUUAUUUAUCUUAAGUUUUGAAGAUGCAAAAGAUUUAUGA